AUGGCAAGCGCAGGGAUCGCGGACGCCUCGUUUCAAAAUGCCGAAAAAAGCGCGAGCUCGUGUACAUCGUCGGCAGCUGUGCAGGCAAACGAACGCUCCAACAAACCGCGCAGCUGCACCAUCUGCCGGAGUCGUAAAGUGCGCUGCGACAAGCAAUCUCCUUGCUCAAAUUGCCGUCGUGCAAACAUCGCUUGUACCUUGCCCUCAAGGGAUCGACCGCCGCGAUGGGCUCGCCGGCUUGCACAAUCAGCCCCGGCAGAUGUGAUGGACCGAAUUCAAUCUUUGGAAGCACUUGUCAAAGAUCUCAGAGGUCAGCUAGAAGAGGCCAACGCAAGAGUAAAUGGCUGUCCGGGCGCUUCUUCCUCGGUUCAUUCGUCGGAGCAUUCAACGGGUGAGCAAAUGGGUUCGUCGUCGGCUCGUUCUGACCAUGCACCGUCGCCCGUUGGGCGGCUUGUGCUUCGGGACUCAAACCAAAGUCGAUAUAUAGGAAACAGCUUCUGGUCAAGAAUCACCGAUGAGUUGAAUGACUUGAGAGCUGUCACGGAAGGAACAACCAGAUGUGGUGAGCGCGAGUCCUCAGAUGAGGAGGGUCCUGGGCUCUCAGGAUGGCCAUCAUCGACGAGAGAGACUGAAGAGCGCUCGCCGCAGGAUCGAAACGCGUUUGUCUUACGCCACAACCUCAUGCCAUGCACUACCAACCUUGGCUGUUUCCGUCCUCUUCCUUCGCAAAUACCUUUCUUGAUCAAUGUAUUCUCCGAGAAUAUCAACUUCAUCAUGCAGGCUGUGCAUGAGCCGAGUGUGGCCAAAAUGAUUCGGGACUUACGCGGCGACUUGACUACUCUGACGCCAGCCACCGAGGCGCUCAUGUUUUCUAUCUACUAUGGCGCCGUGGCUUCAAUGGAGGAGGAGGAUGUGCUGACGAAUUUUCAACUCCCAAAAGCGGAGUUAAGUCGUCAGUACCGUCUGGGCCUUGAAACAGCUCUUGCAAAGGCCGAUUUUCUUAGUGCCCCUAAUCUCCUCCUGGUGCAAGCACUGGUCAAUUUUUUAGCUCUUGUCCGCCGCCACGACAGUCCGCAAUUCGUAUGGAUGAUGGUUGGCCUUGCUAUCAGGAUGGCCAUCUCGCUUGGCCUUCACCGGGAUGGAACGCAUUUCCCUGGUCUGUGUCCAUUCGAGAUUGAAAUGCGCCGACGGGUGUGGUGGGGCUUGUGCAUGCUCGACGUGAGAGCAUCUGAGGACCAAGGCACAGAAUUCACUAUAGCACUGGAUAGCUUUGAUACUCAGAUACCGGCCAAUAUCAACAACCAGGACAUCCAGCCAGACUCGACAGAGAUGCCACCGACACACGAUGGAUUGACCGACAUGUCCUUAGCCCGGGUAUUCUUCAAAAUGACCGAAUGGUCGAAACGAAUGGUGGCCAACGGGCCAAGGUCCCCCAGUCUGGAAGAAAAGGAACGCAUGCUGCAGAAAAUGUACCGAGAGAUGGACGAAGGGAUCUUGCGCCAUUCAGCGGAGAACAGCAUAUCGUACUGGACCGUCAUCACGGUCGGCCGGCUGAUGAUUGCCAAGAUGACCCUGUUCAUCUACUUGCCUUCGCUCUUUUCUUCUUCCCGGGACGAUUUAUCGGUGCAAGUUCGGACGAAGCUCCUGAUUGCCGCCGUGGAGGUUGCAGAGUACAAUCACGCCCUCAACGCCGAGCGAGCGUGCCGACAGUGGCGCUGGAUCUUCCAAACUUACACACAUUGGCAUGCCAUUGUUUAUAUCUUGAUUGAAAUUUCUCGCCGCCCCUGGUGUCCUCUUGUCGAGCGCGCCUGGACUGCUCUUCACAGCAUCUGGCUGAUUCCAUCCCAGUCGAACAUGCGCAAGAAUAUGCGAGUCUGGUUCCCUCUACGCAAGCUGAUGCAGCAUGCACACUUGCAUCGCGCAGCAGAAAUUGAACGAUUAAAGAGCGACCCUUUGGCUGUCGAGAGCCUGCAACGAGAAUACGCAGAUACUCCGAUCCCAUCCAGUGAUCCCGUCUUCUCUUCUACGAGUCCACCGGCAGAUACCCCUCUCCAGUGUUGGAAGCAAAUGCUCCACCCAUCGAGUGUGGGCGCUGGAUUAAUCUCCGAGUCUGCAGCCGACACAGAAGCCCCGGCCAUAUUCACAGAAGAGCCGUUCAAAACAUCGCAAGUAGACACUACAAUGGCAGGUGAUACUCGCCAUUGGCAAGAGAAUCGGCCUCGUGCGCCGGAUUCGGCAGCAUUUUCAACCAUGAAUUGUGCUCAGCUCUUUGAUCCGGGUAAUUUUCCAUUUGAAUCGAUUAUUCCAGACCAUUCGAGUGUGCUGGAGCACUUGGACAUGGGUGCAUUUGGCGGAGAUUGCGAUCUUGAGACAGGCAUCGACUGGUACUCGUGGGUGCAGUCGGCGCAGGGAAUGGAGUGGGACUCGUACUCCAAGGCGACUGACCAAGAACCUCGAUCUGUUUGA